CCAAAGAAAAAGUUUAGAUUCAGUCGGCAGACGGGACUCGCUGAGGCAGGGCAGUGCAGCAGGUUGUGGCGUUGCCAUGGAGAUGGAAUACAUCCUGCUGGCGAGCUCCUCCCCCCAGAAAGUGUGCCACUCCCAGACCCAGACAGACGUUUUGAAGCCCCUGCUGGGCGGAGGCCUCUCUGGAGCAGGCGGGACUUUGAGGAAGAGGAGGCGAGUCCUGUCCAAAGAUGGGCGGAGCAAUGUGCGCAUCGAGCAUGUCAGUGGGCGGAGCUCUCUGUACAUGCGUGACCUGUGGACCACGUUCCUGGACAUGCAGUGGCGUUACAAGUUCUUCCUGUUCACGGCCACUUUUGCGGGGACCUGGUUCUUGUUUGGGGUGCUGUGGUACCUGCUGGCGCUGGCGCAUGGCGAUCUGCUGGAGUUUGACCCUCCGUCCAACCACACACCCUGUGUGAUGCAGAUGCAGACCUUGACGGGGGCCUUCUUGUUCUCACUGGAGUCCCAGACCACCAUUGGUUACGGCUUCCGCUGUAUCACAGAGGAAUGCCCGGUGGCUAUCGUCCUCCUCAUCAUCCAGCUGGUCCUCACCACGCUGAUGGAGAUCUUCAUCACCGGAACCUUCCUGGCUAAGGUCGCUCGGCCAAAGAAGCGAGGUGAGACCGUAAAGUUCAGCCAGCACGCUGUGGUGUCGACACAGGAGGGCCGACCCUGCCUGAUGAUCAGAGUGGCCAACAUGCGCAAGAGCCUCCUGCUUGGCUGCCAGGUCACGGGUAAGUUGCUCCAGACGUCUCUGACCAAGGAGGGAGAGACUGUUCGUCUGGACCAGAGGAAUGUUACCUUCCAAGUGGACACGUCCAGCGACAGCCCCUUCCUCAUCCUGCCACUCACCUUCUACCACAUUAUUGAUGACAGUAGCCCUCUGCGAGCAUGGGCUGCCAAGGGUGGCGGCUGGACAGAUCCAGAGUUGGCUGACUUUGAGUUGCUGGUGAUCUUGAGCGCCACCGUGGAGCCGACGUCAGCCACCUGCCAGGUUCGCACCUCCUACCUGCCCGACGAGAUCCUGUGGGGCUACGAGUUUCCCCCUGUAGUCUCUCUCUCCCAGUCGGGUAAAUACGUGGCCGACUUUGCCUUUUUCGACAAAGUGGCCAAGAGCAAGAGCGCACCGGUCUUUAAACCAUCCAGCCACACCUACCAGACCAACGGGGGCGGGACUGUUCCCGAGGUGUCUGACAAGGAGAAGAUACGCCUGGAGCAGAGCUACAGAGAGCGUGGGGAGGACCGUGGGCGUGUCCGGGACACUAACCUCAGCGUGCGUAUUAGCAACGUGUGAAGACGUGGGGCGGGACUUGGACCCGGAUUUGCACGCAGAUUUAAAAAAAAAAACACUCACAUAAGCCUGAGAAGAACCUCAAGAACAACCAGUAGGACUUCAAAAUAAGCUGGUGGGAGGUGGGAGGUGGGAGGUGGCACAGGUUCUAAACCAAGAACAUACAUCAUGACCUCGGCCAUGUUCACACACGUUAAAAAAGUAAAGGACGUUAAGUUUUUCACACAUAAAAUGGACUUUUUGUCAAAGCCACAGGGAAGUCUUUCCACCUUUUCCAGAAAUGACUUUCUUCAGGCAACUGACUACAUUGGCCUUUAGGUUUAGGAGUUUUAGUACCCCCGGUUGCUUUGGCAUGCACAUGACAGCUUCCUUUCCUUUUUCUGCAUAGUGUGCAAUACACUUAAAGAUCCCCGUAUGUGUGGACCUAGCCCCUAAUGUUGUCUUCCACAUGACUUUAGUGUAAAGUUAAACUGUUUUCAUUUGAGUGACGUACCACACAAUAAUGUGUUGUGUUGAAGGCGUACUUCUGAAAUUUAUGGAAAUGCAUGCAAAUAUUUGUCCGUGAAGCGCUCAUUUACUGGAAACUGUCAUGUGUCAUACAAAACAACCACAUUUGACUAAUAUCACAACUUGACUCACAAAAUCCACAACCCACUUCCCUUGUGACUCUGUCAGACAUUUCCUGUAGAGGGGUGUACAUCAUGCAACAUUUAUUACUGUGCUUGUACUUUUUAUAAUACUUUGGUCGCCUUAUUUACAUGAUACACUCAAAGUAUUAAAACCAGGGAUCCAAAGUGGCAGGUGAGUGUAGGCCGUCGUCAUGUUGCCUGACUUGAAGGUGUCUGUGCUUGUGUUAUUCAAUGUGUACAGUAGAUUUGAUCGUCUACCACUAACUGACAUUGCGUUGAGUCAAAACACUGUGUGUUUGUAAAUGUGUAAAAGGGAAAAGCAUGUUUAUUUUGUAACAAGAAGCUCUAGGCUGCUAAUGCUAAACAAAUGUUUAAACCAAUGAGAAGUCAUUUGAAUAAAAAAAAAAACCAUCUUUUUUUGGGUGGUUAAACAAAAGGAGAAGACCUCGAGUUGGCUUCCUGAAUUCAGCGAAAUGGAUGUCCUCGUACACGUUGUUGUUUCUCUGCUGCUGGCACAAAAAGUGGAAGGUAAACAGUAAAACACACAAACACUCACAUACUUUGCACACUUUGUUUGCUCUUUUAGUCAUGUCAGCAGUUUGUACCAUAUGCCACCGUGGAUGCUCUAAGUAGAUUUGUACCAAAAGAGUCACAAAUAUCAAAAUUUUAAAUGUUUUUGGGGUUGAAAUUUGGAGAAAUGUCUACUCAGAAUUAAAUGGUACCAUAGUGCUGCUCAUAGUCAUAAUAUAGGAUUAUUUACUCCAUUCACCACUUCAUUUGGUACACACUCUAAUCCAACACAAACAUCUGCAAAGAUAAUAAUGUUGGCUUUUUACUGACACGGUCAGAGAGGUAGUUCAACAAUAUAUUUAUCAUUGUGCUAAGGAGCUAUUUCUAACAUUUAGUUUAACAACUCAACAAGUCUGUCUUUUAUAAAGGCAGACUUGUACAGUAUACAGUACAACAGGGGUGGCCAUUACGUCGAUCGCAACCUACCGGUAGAUCGCCUAAGCGUCACUUUUUAGUUGUCGUAUGACAUCAGUCAGCUCCCCUCCUGAUUCGCGCUUGCUCCCCCGCAGCGUUUCAAGCUACACACGAAGAUGCAACUUUCAUCUUUAUUAUUCUGAUUAUGGAUGAACUAACUCAGCGGUAAGAUGAUCUGUUCACUUUUAGCGGCUAGUUACGUAGAAAAAAAGUGUAUUGUUUACUGGCUUUGCUUCCCGUCAUGAACUCCACUACAGAAAUCAGCGUUUUCUACACGUUUGCUUCUUAAACUAUUAUUUCAUGAUGAAAUUAAAAAUGUGCCCAUAGGUGAAACCUGCAAUAUGUUGCCUUGACUUCGGCUGCAUUGUCUUUUGCAUGAUCAUUUUAAAUUCUUGUAUAUUGGUAAUGUUUGAUAGCAAAUGCUAACUGGAUAUAAUACAUGAACUGUGUGCCCUAAUGAACGUUACAUUGCUAAUGUGACUGACAUAUUACCAGUACUCAGGUUAUGUACACAACUAUUUAGGAGUUAUGUGGAAUUAUCUUGAUUUCCAUAUUGAAGUGAAUUAUGAUAGCAACUACUUUGAUUACUUGUAAACUUUGAAAAUGUGAAUGUGAAAUACUAAUCAUUAAUAUUUACAAUAGAAUUUCAGAGUUUACUGGUUACAUUUUGUAUAUGUUAUGUUUUAUAGAAAGAGGUAGAUCAUUUUGACUUGUACUUGCAUGCUAUGAAAGUGCGAAAGUGACUGAUCUACAUGUAUAACCUACAUAAAUAUGUACUCAUAUUUUUUUUUAAUAAAUAUAGUAAAUAUAUAUACUUUCUAUAUUUAUAGUAAUAGGUAAAUCUUUGGGUAAUUUUAAAAGUAGCUCGCUGGCUAAAAAAGUGUGAGCACCCCUGCAGUAGAUGGUGGACUUAAUAGUGCAGCAGAUAAAUGCAUUUUUAGUAAAAUGCUUCCCUUGGUGAUACUAGCAUGAAAUUUGACAUAUCUUCCCCAUAAGCCACAUUUUGAAAAUGACUGGGUGUCCACUCACAAUUUCAAGAUGGCUGACAUUUUUCAAGAUGGCCAGCAGUCACAGUUAUUAUCAUAGGUUUUGCAUGUACCUAAUUGUUUGUAUAUGCAGUUUUGCUUUGGCUUUACAUAUUUACAGUAGAGUGAACAAGGAAAGGUCAAAUGGAUGUGUUUAAUAUUUCAUAGAGCGUACUAUAAACAAAGAUGCCGUCCAAUAUGGUCCCCACAAACCACUGUAUUUCAGGAUUCAGUAGGCACACCCUGAGGAAAAUGUUAUCACUCAAAGCUUUCUCUUCGACAGCUCAAAAGACAAUUUUGAGAUUCUCAUGUCAGCUUCAUUUUAGUCUCUCUUUUGUCUCAAAAUGUUUCUCAGUUAUUUCUCCUAAAAAUGCCUUAGGAGAAAUAUGGUGGGACAUACGCCCAGAGGAAAACUUUAUUGCUCAGAGCUUGCUCUUCUACAGCUCAGGGGAGAGUCUCAUCUAUGUCUCAUUUUAGUUUCUCUUGUGUCUAAAAAUGUUUCUUCUCAUUUAUUUCUCCUAAAAAUGCCUUAGGAGAAAUAAAGGGAGCAGGGCCUUUUUUCGCUUCAUUUUCAUGGAAGACACAGAUCUUCAUGGUGAAUCCAGCAUACUGCUCUUGCAGCAAUUCAAUGAUGACAUCCUGUAAAUACAUGAAUACAUAAAUAUAUUUUGUUCACAUUCAUCGUGCUCUAUAUUUACUUCCUGGGUCGAUCAGAGUGGAUCGAAAUUGUUUAAGGUGAUGUCAAAAAAUCCAAACUAUCUCUUUAAGUAGCCUCAAAUAUUUCUCAGGUUCAGGCAUUUGCAUAUAUUCCACACGGAGAGUAAUGUCAGCAAUUAUAAUAGAUUCAAUCAAAUUCUGGCUGAUAUUUGAGUUUAAUUUGUUACUCACUUACAAAAGGUAUAUGUGGGCUGUCCAAUGGCAUAGUGGCAUGAGUUAGCUUUAGAGCUAUCAUGUCUAUUUAUUUAUGUACCGUGUAAUCAUCUUCAGUUAGCAGUUUUUGGUUAACAUGAAAAAUUGAAGCCACAGUUUUGCCUCAGGUUGCGUACAUUCCCCGGUUAGCAUCCAAUAUGGCUCUUUAAAAACAUAAGUCAUCUUGAAAUUAGCAAAUAAAAUACAUUCUUAGUUGUAUAUAAUAGUAUUGUGACAUUUUGAGUCUCAUAACAAGCUUGUGAUGCUCAAAAGUAUGGUAGUAUUUUUUCCAAUCAGAAGUAGCAUUUUUAUUUUUAC